GCUAUACUUUAAUGGAUGUUAAUGAUUUAGUAGAGGUAAAAUUAAUGUUAAUGAUAUAGAGGUAAAUUAUAUUUGUUUCUACUGAUAAUUUUACCGAUGUGUUCAAGUCACCCACAUUAAUAAAUGAACCUUCAAACUUUAAUUAACAAUGAAAACAAGACCCAGCUCACUCGUCCGUCAUUUCUCAUCAAGGAUCUACACAAGACGGCUCCAAUCACAUCAAUUUUCAAGAAUCAUCCAAUCAAAGGUGCCAUAAUUACUAGUUCAUCAUAUUAUAUCACUCUAAUUAACUGUUAUUGUAAUAUUUAUCAUAUUCCAUAUCUCCACGAUUCUUUUUCUUCUGUUCACUUUUUUGUUUUUUUUGAAAAUUUCGAAAUAAUCAUCAAUGAAAUUCAGAGAGGGGGGCCGUGGCACAUAUUCGAAAAUGUGAUUGGCACGUACAAAAAUCUGGAAAUUUUAGGUGAGUACAUGUACUAAAAAUAGUUCAGUGGGAAGCAAGUUUCAGAUGUUGUUGCUGAUGAAAUAAAAAUGAGGUGUAAUGAGGCUAAUCAGUAACAUAAAUAUCAAAAAAAUAAAAGUAGACUAGUAGACUCAAUUGAUUUUUUAAAGGGAUUAUUUGGACUUCCACAGACUUGCAGCAAUGGUCACAAUGAUAGAUUUUGCAUCCAGGAAACAAUUAACAGAACCCAUGUAGGGGAUGUAAAGUUAGCCACCUCCAUAUUUGUAUCGGGCAACAAUUUCCUAAAGGUCUGGCACAUGUUGGAGGUGAUGGGCCUGCAUCCUAUCUCCAGCAGGCUUUUCCACUCGAUGCAGAGCCACUACAUUUGCCCAGAGGUGGAGGACACCUUCAACAACUAUUUAAGCGAGAAGGGCAAUGAACUCAAGGAGAAACAUGUUGUGGUGUGUGGUGAUACGAGGAACGACUCGCCAGGAUUUAGUGCACAGUACUGCACGUACACACUAUUGGAGGAGGAAAGUAAGGAUAUUGUCCAUGUCGAGUUUAUGGACAAGCGAGAGGCAGGGGACAAGAGUCCAUAUAUGUGGAUAUCGAUCCUGAUAAAACAUGUGCUACUUGCACUUCUUGAAAGGGAGGAAGAUUUCAACAACAGACACUAAAUUGGUUGAAUACAAAUAUAUAAUUUCUGCAGUAAAUGUGGUUAACAAUAUGGACACGGAGCGAAUCUUUGUAUCUGAUAGCAAAGCAUUUACCUGCAACUGUGCACAUCUUGAAAGGGAAGAAGAUGCCAACAACAGACAUUCUAUUUGCAGAGCUAUUGCCAAGACCCUGCAAUGAAUAGAUGUGGGGGAGG